CACGACUUCGCCUAAAGGUAUCACGGCAUGAUUGUUGCAAAAACGCCACUAUGUUCGAGAUGCGGACACGCAGUGGCCUCAUGUUCCUACGCCGACCCUCCGAGUCUCGAAACUCUCCGCUCUGCAUAUGUACCUUCAGCGCCAGACACAGCCGUGCUCAUGCACGACUUUACCUCUAUCAACCUCUCCAUCGCGUCCAUCGACAAGGAGAUUGCCAUCAUCAUGGAACGCGCAGCCGAUCUUCGCCGCGUCCGCACCAAGCUUGUCGAAGACAGGCGAACAAAGCGGAGUCUGCUCUCCCCUCUGCGACGGCUCCCCACCGAGAUCCUUGAGCUCAUCGUCCGCGCAUCGCUGCCGGAUAAGUGGCUCACUCACGGCAGUGGCCGUGCUGUAUUUCCGCUUGCUCAGACCUGUCACCGUCUUCGCGCCAUCACACUCGCCAUGUCCGACCUGUGGUGCAACAUCAGCUUUUUCUGGAGACUUCACUCUGAGGGCGCUCCCGCGAAAUUCACUUCUUACGCGGAUUGCCUGCUGGCGCGCGCACGCGAGCGACCUAUCGACCUGACGAUACCCGAAGGCUUCCACAUCCAAUUUUGGGACACGCUCAUCGACCAGUGGGUGGUUUCCCACUUAGCCCGCUUCCGAUGCAUCGAAUGGUGCCCUUCGUCCGGCUUCAAGAUAGCCCUCGAUGCUCCGUUGCUGGAGAGUCUUCGCAUCAUGGGCAAUGAAGACUUCUAUGACUCACAUUUCGGCGGUCGCUUCUCUGCGCGCAGGUUCAGCUUCGACGCGCCUAAGUUACGGAGGUUUGCCUUGCGCUGGUGUGGCCCCAUAUUUCGCGUUGCGAUCUGCUGGAGCAGACUGCAGGACCUGGAGAUCGCGACAAUCUCUCUCGACGAGCCCGACAUGCGCAUCCUCGAGUCCUGCGCCAGCCUCAAGACCCUAGGAUUGAAUCUUUCCUCGAAAUAUGCGAGCCAGAAGAUGGAGACAGCGGCGCCACAGCUUCGUUUCGACAACUUGCGCAGUCUUACUGUUGUGGAUUACGGGCAUGCCGUGUGCAAAUAUAUCCGUGCUCCUGGUCUGGUCAGCCUUGCCCUCAAGACUGGCGACCAUGUGAAGGCGAGGCCGGAUAUACAUGCAUCCCAUGUUCUCGACAUGCUGCGAGGCUCGUCACCCCCGGUGCUUGAGAUCCUAGUCAUCAACGCAUGUGGCCGUCAUAUCGACCGAACUAAUACGAUCCCCGAUUAUGCCUCAUAUUUUUUCAUCCUCGCCUGCAACCCCGCGCUGACACGCCUCGAGCUUGUGUACAGCCAUGGCGACCAAGCUUGCGACUUAGAACCGGUUCUGCAAGGACUUAUACUGCAACCGAAUGCGACAGCACUGUUGCCGAAUCUGGAUCAUCUCGUGCUGACAUUGGGGGGAUUCACUGCUUUCACCAACCAUGAUGCUGUGUUGCUUAGCCAGAUCGUCCAGUCGCGGUGGGAGGCUGCUUGCGUAGGAGGCGUGAGACCAAUCGCGCGGUUGACAUUGCACUCGAGUGUAUAUCAGUGCGAACGUGGCGUCUGCCGCUGUGCUACGAAGGGGGAAUGGCAGAAGCAGCUUGAGGCGUGGGGGACGGUCGUGGAUCGGACUCCGUGCGGCAACUAGCCCUUGUAGCUCCGAAGGGACAGAUGAUUCGCCGUCCAGACACUCAAUCAGAAUAUCACUGGCAAUACGCGGACCACACCUAUAUGCAUAUUGCUAUAUAUACUUUACGUAGACGCUACGAUUUCUGCCUCUAGCAUAAGCUUCAGAAGCCCCCAAAAGAGUAAGCCAAAAGUUACCAUAGAGCCCAACGCCAUACCGAGUUUGGUAGCAAUUCCCUCGAGAAAUCCGCUCACACAUUUCCAUACCGGCAAUAAACCGCAUUUGCACCGAUAUAUACCGACGCAUGCU